GCUGUUGUUGGCUGCUUGACGAUCGUUCCCUCUUUCCGGUUUUAUCACUGAAAGAACGAGUGCUUGUUCUCGCAGAGCUAAGGCCCAAAUUUUAGGCGACUUGCACGAAACUCCAUUUGUUAACAACAAAAAUCAACAUGAGCACCACCGCUGAAUUGGCUUGCGUCUACUCCUCCCUCAUCUUGGCCGAUGAUGAUGUCGCCGUUACCGGUGAGAAGAUCCAAACGAUCUUGAAGGCCGCCAAGGUUGAUGUUGAGCCAUACUGGCCAGGACUCUUCGCCAAGGCCCUUGAGGGUGUCAACAUCAAGGAGUUGAUCACCAACAUUGGAUCCGGUGUAGGAGCCGCCCCAGCCGGUGGCGCUCCAGCUGCCGCUGCCCCCAGCGCCGCUGCUGCCGCCCCAGCUAAGGAAGAGAAGAAGAAGGAGGAAGAACCAGAAGAAUCCGACGAUGACAUGGGUCUUGGUCUCUUCGACUAAACAGUUUAUGCAGUAUGCAUAAUUAAAAUAAACAUUUUUUUAUUUUA